UAAGAUGUUUAAGCAGCUGAGCACCAGUUUGAUAAAGCCAACAAAGCUAGCGCUUGUAGUGCGCGCUGACCUAAAGAUGAGCAAAGGCAAAACGGCAGCACAAUGUGCCCAUGCGGCGGUUAUGUGUUAUCAAACAGCGUCGGUGGGUGGCGAUGCGCAAUCUGCGGCGCUGCAGCGUUGGUGCCGCAUGGGACAGCCUAAAAUUGUUCUACGCGUGGACACCUACUAUGAAUUGAUUGAACUGCAAACGCUCGCAAAUCAGGCACAAGUGGUGGCAGCUCUGGUAAGGGACGCAGGACGUACACAAAUAGAAGCUGGCACUGCCACUGUGCUAGGCUUAGGCCCAGCGACGUCGGAUGAGGUGAACAAACUGGUGGCUCAUUUGAAACUUUUGUAAACGUGUACCUUGCAUUUAAUAUUUUUUAAUUAAUAAAUGUUAUUACUUAGCCUAUAAAACAAACAACAACAAAUUA